AUGUUUCCUGGUACCUCAGUCCCUGAGCCCUUGCGGCAGGUCCUGCAGCGUGAAACCACUCCCGCCAAUCAAGCUACUAUUGCUGCUUUGCCCCAUCAUGCACCUUCUGACCUCCAGGCACUUCAACAAGCUGAUCCUGUCCUUCAGGAGGUUUUAGCAUUCUGGGGGCGGCAGCAGAGUCCCAACUAUCAGGAGCGGAAGCACUUGUCUCCUCCUGCACUGACCAUUAUAGGUCAGUGGAACCGGCUGGUUGAGCAGGAGGGUGUUCUCUUCCGGCGCAUCUUCCGUCCUGAUGGCGCAGAAGCGGUGCUUCAGCUUCUGCUGCCUGCCACGUUAAAGCAAGAGGUGCUGGCUCAGGUUCAUCAAGGGCAUGGGCAUCAGGGUGUGGAGAGGACAUUGGAGCUAGUGCGGCAAAGGUGCUACUGGCCAGGUAUGUCCUCAGAGGUGGCACAGUGGUGCAGAGAGUGUGAGAGGUGUCAAGUUGCUAAGGACACACCCAGACCGCCUCCCAGUUUCAUGGGGCAUUUGUUGGCUUCGCGUCCCAAUGAAAUCUUGGCCAUUGAUUUUACCUUGCUGGAACCCAGCCACAACGGGUUGGAGAAUGUCUUAGUCAUGACAGACGUUUUCAGUAAAUACACCUUGGCUGUUCCUACCCGAGAUCAACGAGCCCCACUCUGUGUACUUUACGGUAUUGAAAAAUCUCGCACCACUCCAUACCAUCCCGCCGGUAACGGCCAAUGCGAACGCUUUAAUCGCACUCUCCACAACUUAUUGCGUGCCUUACCUGCAUCUCGGAAAAGAGACUGGCACUCUUGCCUGCCACAGGUGCUCUACUCGUAUAACACCACUCCCCAUCAGUCCACCGGCGAGUCUCCAUUCUACCUGAUGUUCGGGCAAGAACCCAGGCUGCCGGUUGAUUUUCUCUUGGGUAGAGUCUCAGACCCUGUGGGUGGCGAGGUCCACGAGUGGAUCCAAGAACAUCAAAACCGGCUCCAGCUUGCCUUUGACGGGGCCUGGGAAAGGUUGAAGGUGGCGGCAGAGCGCAGGAGGAGGAAUCAUGAUAAUCAUGUUCGGGAUGACCCACUAAAGGUGGGGCAGUUGGUGUGGCUGCGCGAUCAUAGUGCAAGGGGGCGCCACAAGAUACAAGAUCUGUGGGGCCCUGUGGUGCACCGAGUCGUAAAGGCACCCCGAGAAGGUGGUCCAGUGUACACCAUCGCACCGAUGGACGACCAGACCAAAGUUCGGCAGGUCCAUCGAACACUGUUGAAAGCCGUUGCUGGAGCUGCCCCUCAGGGUAGUGCAUUGCCCCAUUGUCCACCCCCUCUUGACCGGCCUCGGUCAGAGGAUGAGUUGCCGUUUGACGGAGACUUGUUUAUGUUGGGGCCGGAGACCCCUGUUGCUGCCCCUGCUCGCACAGCCGUGGUGACUCAAACCACCCCUCGGUUGCUGCUCCCACCACCUGACUCUGGUGGGUCAGAGUCGUCAAGCGCUCCCCCUACUGCAGUGGCAGAUCCACCCUCCGUUUCCCUGGCCGUUCCAUCCACCAGUUAUGCUGGUGAAAGUGAAGUACGCCGCAAGUUUGUGUCGUGGAUUUGGUCCAUGAUGGAGAUGCCUGGGGGUUUGCUUUUGCUCCUAAUUUUGCAGUUUUUUACAGACAACACUUCAGGGACACUUGUCUCCAGCUGUGAUUCAUGUCACACUGAAUCCAUGUGCCAGGAGUCACUGGAAAGAGGAGACACGUUCAGUGGCCCGGUCCUCUCUUGUGUCUGUAAAGAUGGCUUCGUAGGCGACGGUCUCACCUGCUACGACACAAAACUCUGCAGUGACUCUUCGUGCUGUAGCCAAGGUUAUCACUGGUCCCAAGACAGCGGCUGUGUUGAAACUGACGAGUGCUCCCUCCCAGACCCACCGUGCGCACCGCCUCAGGUGUGCCACAACACACCAGGCUCUUUCAUAUGUAUUGAGCCUUCCUCCACCGCCAGAUCUGGGCCCUCUUCCAAAUCUGUCCAGUUCAGGUGUAGAAACACUGUUUGUCCUAAGGGCAUGGACUGCAUCAGUAAAAAUGGGGUCGCCAGCUGCGCUGACCCCUGUGAGCUCUACACUGAGCUGCACAAUGACUGGCGUUCGGCAGAUAACAAAAUGAAUGCGAAACCACGCUGUGACAGAGAUGUUAACUGGCAAGGCUGGUAUCGUCUGUUCCUGAAUAAAACCAGUGCCCAUGUUCCUGAGAGGUGUGUGGAGAGAAAAAGGUGUGGAACACAAGUUCCCCUAUGGAUAACAGAGCCUCAUCCAACACAGCCUGAAGUGAUUGUUAAUCGGAAUGUAUGUGGUAACUGGCUCUCCGGCUGCUGCUCUUAUACAACGGACAAAAUCAAUGUCAAACUCUGCAAUGGAAACUACUACGUCUACAAACUGGUGAAGCCGAACAUAUGCUAUCAGGCCUACUGUGCAGGUACUGAAAAGGUGGACAAAACAGACGUUGUAGUUCCUUUGACCACUCCUAGUCCAGGACAGCAAGGCACCUCUAAAACAGCAGCAGUGCACCACACCACAGUUUCACCAACCACAUCUGAUCCAGGAUCUCAGACCUUCACCUCUGCUGCACUCACAUCUGACACCCCUGUUACAACAGCAGCAGUGCCCCACACCACAGAUUCACCAACCACACCUGAUCCAGGAUCUCAGACCUUCACCUCUGCUGCACUCACAUCUGACACAUCUGGAACAACAACAGCAGUGCACCACACCACAGGAGUCGAGGGACAGGUCCGCCUGGCCAAUGGAGGAAACAGCUCCUGCUCUGGCAGAGUAGAGAUCUUCCUCCGUGGACAGUGGGGGACGGUGUGUGAUGACCAGUGGGACCUGGUUGAUGCUCAGGUGGUGUGCAGACAGCUGGGUUGUGGCAGGGUCCUGUCAGCACCACGAAGUGCACGGUUUGGACAGGGCAGUGGACCCAUCUGGUUGGAUGAUGUUGUUUGCUCCGGCAGCGAAUCACAGCUGACAGACUGCCAGCACCGAGGGAUUGGAUCUCACAACUGUGGUCACAUCCAGCGCCCUCCACUCCAGCCUCCUCAGCUCAUCUGUGGACGUGAUAAAAUCCAAAUGGGGCUAAAUAUGGCUGCCAUAACAGCCAUGGGUUUGAACCCACUCUCCGGAAACCUGGCAGUUCGAAACUGCUCCUGGGUCAGAAUGCAUAAUGAUGUAGUUUGGUACGAGGUGGACGCUCAGGCAGGUGCCUGUGGAAACACACUGAUGACCAACCGUACACACGCCACCUACUCCAACAUUUUAUUUCUCUACCGAGGAAAUGUGUCCUUCUCACGUCCUGUGAGUCUUCCCUUCUCCUGUGCGUAUCCUCUCGACACAGACACCAGCAUGAAUGUGGCAAUCAGACCAGCUUAUACUUUUGACAGAACUGCAGUUGGCCUCUCAGGCUUAGGUAGCAAAGCUCGAGCCUCCAUGUCUCUGUUCCGCACCUCCAGCUUCACUCAGCCUUAUCCAUCUGGCUUGAUCACGCUCCCUGUGGGCUCACCUCUGCAUGUGGGCGUCUCUGUAUUAGUCAGAGACCCAAGCUUUGUAGUUGUCCUGGAGAACUGCUACGCCUCUGACUCAUCAAACCCCAAUGAUACUGCACGAUACUUUUUCAUCCAGAACAAGUGCCCCACUGACCGACAGCAAGUGGAAGUGAUCGAGAGCGGCUCAUCCCGACAGGCUCGGUUCUCCUCUCUGUUUUUCCUGAUCCACGGUGAAUACAGUAACAUUUACCUUCACUGCAGCCUCAGCCUGUGUGACCAGAGGAGCUCCAGCUGUGCCCCAUCUUGCAGAAGGACAUCUCGCUCUGUUUCCAGCUCUGCUCCUCUGAAGCCCCUCACCAUUGGACCAAUCUCUUGGUACAAGUCACCUGAGUGAGCUGGUAACAUACAAUACAUACAUAAUAUAAUGAGUUUGUUAUAACAUAAACUCAUUUCAUAGUGUGAUAUUAUUUUGUGUUUGAAUUCCUUUAUUCAUAAAU